AUGCAAGUUAUAGCCUCUGCCGCGUCGUCCUCCCCCUCCUCACCUUCCCAUAAGGAGGUCACUCUGCGGUCAUGGGCGAAACUCAAGACUGUACUCCAAAAUGGCCUUGUUUAUUUGGAUGGAACGAGCUUGGACAUCGCCAGUGUGAUUGCUGUUGCUCGUGAGGGAUGUGGGGCACAAGUCUCUAGUGAGCCUGAAGUCGCCAAAAAGGUCCACGCAGGCAUUGAGACGCUGAAUGAUUACCUGGCCAAAGGUUACUCUAUCUAUGGGGUCAACACUGGGUUCGGAGGCAGCGCAGAUACCCGCACACCGGAUGUGGCUCGUUUACAGCAGUCACUGCUCCAAUUGACCCAGUCCGGUAUCUUAACGGGGACUGACUUCGUUCCGCGAGUGGGUGAUUACAACUUGGGCUCCCAUGCCAUGCCUGUGGCGUGGGUACGGGCCACAAUGCUUGUGCGGUGCAAUCACCUUCUGCGAGGCCAUUCCGGCGUGCGGCUGGAAAUCAUUGACGCCAUGUUAAAACUGCUCCAGAUGGGGCUCACUCCGAUUGUGCCCUUGCGGGGCUCGAUUUCUGCAUCAGGCGACCUGAUGCCCCUGUCAUACUUAGUGGGCGUUUUGGAAGGAAACCCGGAUAUUCAAGUUCAUUGGGAUCGACAGCCAGAAGUUCAAAUUGUGUCGACCAACAUGGCACUGGAGAUCGCCGGUCUUGAGCCCUUCAUCCUGGGACCUAAGGAAGGCCUUGGUUUGAUAAAUGGUGCGGCCGCUUCUGCGGCUGUAGGCGCUUUGGCAGCGGGUGAGGCCAACCAACUCAUGCUUCUGGCGCAAACCCUCACCGGCAUGACCUGUGAGGCCAUGUUGGGAAAUGCGGAGAACUAUCAUGAGUUUCCGGCUAAAAUCAGGCCUCAUUCUGGCCAGAUUGAGGUGGCAGCCAAUGUCCGCAAUGGGCUGUUAGGCUCUCGGAUGGUUGAAACUUCGGCCGGAAAGGACCACUUCCGGCAGGGACUGUUCCAAGAUCGGUAUGCUCUCCGCGGCGCUUCGCAGUGGCUCGGACCGGUUGUGGAGGACCUAGAACUGGCCGUACAACAGAUCACCACAGAGCUCAAUUCCACCCAGGAUAAUCCUGUGAUCGAUUCGGAAUCGAGGGAAGUGUACUUCUGCUGUAACUUCCAGGCGGCAUCUAUCUCAAUGGCCAUGGAGAAGAUGCGCGGGGGCUUACAGAUGGUUGGGAAACUCUUGUUCAGCUACUCCUCUGAGCUCAUCAACCCGGAUCUGAAUAAGGGUUUGCCGCCCAAUCUUGCGGUGGAUGACCCUAGCCUGUCAUUUACUAUGAAGGGCGUGGACAUAAACAUGGCCGCGUACAUGUCGGAGCUUGGAUUUUUGGCAAACUCGGUGGCUUCGCAUGUGCAAUCCGCCGAAAUGAACAACCAACCGAUUAACUCGUUGGCCCUAAUUUCUGCACGAUACACACUGCAGGCGGUGGAGCUGGUCUCCAUGAUGAGUGCGGCCCACCUAUAUGUGACAUGCCAGGCGCUGGAUUUGCGCUUGCUCCACGAGACCUUCUUGGAUGGCCUGGAGAGUGUGGUGCGGUCAACGCUACUGAUCGCGUUCGAUUCGAUGGAAACGGAUGCGGCGCAACGGCUGCAGACCGAAGUCAUUAAGUCUCUUCGCAGUUCCUGGAAGGUAACCUCGCGCGAAGACCUGUCAGUUCGGAUUCAAGCCUUCUCCACAGCCAUGGCACCCGUCCUAUUGGUGCAUGUAAACGACCUGAACGCGAAGGAUGCUAUCUCAGCGAUAAAUUCGGUACAGAAGCGCAUCUGUGAGGAAGGACAGUCGCUUUUCGAGGCGACGCGGAACCGAACCUAUUCUGGUGAUCUCAACGCAGAAUCCUCGCUGGGACCUGCUUCCAAGGCUCUCUAUUCCUUUGUGCGACGGGACCUUGGCGUUCCCUUCCAUUGUGGCAUUUGGGAACAUCCCACUACCGAUGCUCAAGCAGCGGCAGGAAUGCCACAACGCCCACGAAAAACGAUUGGCUCGUGGAUUUCAAUUAUCUAUGAAUCCAUCCGUGAUGGGCGUAUCCGUCAGCCCUUACGUGCUGACUAG